AUGUCUGCUCGCUCCGCCACCCCUGCGUCGACUCCCUCGCUCGUCAACCGCCGCCUCGCCUCGCUGCUCGUGGUCCUCGAGGCUCCGCCGACCGCCGACGCCGCGCUCGACGUGGUCGAAGAGUGGGCGCAAGAUUUGUCGCCGCUCGUGCUCGCCUAUCGCAAGGCCUUGGGCGCCAUCCGCGACGAGGAGACGGGGCUGCGCGUCGCCGCCGCCGUCAAGCAACUCGCCGAGCGGGCGUCGGAGUCCUGGGUCGAUUGGGCGCGCGGGGACUGGCCCGAGCUCGCGACCGCCAUCGAUGCCGAGGUCGAACGACGCGUCGAAGAACAGAAGCGCCUCGCCGAAGAGGAAGCACGACGCAUCGAAGAGGCUGCGAAGCGUGCGCAGGCCGCCGAGGACCGUCGCCUCGAAGACGAACGGCGUCGAAAGGACGAAGAGGAACGGCGCCUCGAAGACGAACACCGUGCGCAAGAGGCCGCCGAUGAGGAGUUGGCGAGGAUCGCGGCCGCCGAGGGACUUCUCGACAAGGGGAAAGGGCGCGCGAUAGUCGACGAGGAGGUCGCCGAGUUGUCGGACGACCCUUCGAUCAAGACUCCUCGGACGGUCGAUCGUCCGUUUGCGAUGACAGAGGUCGACAUGGCCGCCGCGGCGAUUGAGAAGCGUCAGGCCGGACAAAAGUGCAAUCGUUGCGCCGGCUACCGCUCGGCCCCGGUCGAUUGCGUGUGGGCCGAGAACGCUACGACCUGCGAUAGGUGCGCGCAGUUCCAACAGGGCUGCUAUUUCGACAAAGUGUCUGUCCUGGGCAAAACAAAGAAGACGCGCGGCGGGGGAUCAACCACGAAAAAGCGCAUUCGGCCGGCCUCUCCUGGGCCUUCGGUCGCGGACGCGAGUGGUUCGAAGAAGCGCCGAGUCGACGAGCCUCCGCGCCCCCUUCUACGACUGCCACUCGAUGGGGCCAGCCGCCUUGGCCUUGAACAAGACGACCUCGACGCGCUCGACCUCGACGACGAAUCUCGGGGGAUCAUCCGCGUCAUCCGCAAGGAGCGCGCUCACAUCGCUCGCCGUCGAGCACUCCUCCACGACAUGGACCUCGACCUCCAGAAGAUGGAGAAGGCCGCACUCGCGAAGGGGGGAAUCGGGAUGCUGCCGGCUUCGCGAUCUUCCUCGCGCGUACGUCGGAAUCGUGACGGUUUCGCCGGUGUUCGGACAGAGGAUUGUAAUCGUCUGGUUCUCGUCGGCGAAGUUCUUGACGACGCUUUGCGUGAGCACGUCGAAGGGUCGGCCGAGGAGGAUGUCGUAUGCUGCGUUUCGAAUGACGUGAGCCUGGAGGUACAACACGAUCUCACCGAUGCGGAAGGGAACAUUUCGAAUGAGUCCCAGCGAUCGGUCCACCUCGCCGUUCGCCGAUUGCAUGUUCAGCUGGAUUGUAGGAUCGAAGAGGAGGUUGAGGCCCAGACAGACCUCUUCCGACAUGGCGACGAUCUGCGAACCUGGGUCGACGAUGCAUUCGAUCUGCUCUUUGUUGUCGAUCAACGCGAUGAUCGAACGAAUCGCGUUCGAAUCGCGGGCGACGGUGAAUUCUGCGGGGUGCUCGCCGUUUCAUAUGGGUCGGGGACGAUUGUAGCACCGGGUUCCAACGUUGCACCUGAACACGAGAGCUGGUUGACGGCCGUGACCUCGUCGGCGCCGAUUUCUACGAUGUGGGCCGACGCGACGGGUUCCGUCGAGACUCGCUUAGGGGUGACGGCGUCGCGGUACUUGUUUCGAAUGUCGGGCGCGAUUGACAGCAACUCUUCUGGGGUCAGCGUGACGAACGGCGACUUCAUCGAACGCUGGAAGAUCUCUUCGGCGAGUUUCGGCUGGAUAACGGGGACGAUGGUCUUGUACGCUGACGUGGAUUGCGCCGGCGGCGAAGGCGGCGCGGGUGCUGCUGCUGGUAUCGUCGGAGGCGGGGCCGUGCUUGUUGAAGUGCUCGAGGGUGCCGCCACCCCUCUCGAUGUACCAGAUCCCGAGGCUUCCGCGCUCUUCGGGACGGCUGGCGUCAAUCUCGACGCCGUUGAAGACCUCCCUGCGCUUCCGAAGCUGAAGGAGUUCUCGCUCGAGCGCCUCGAUUCUGCUGCUGGUGUUGAGCGUGAAGGUUUGCAUAGUCGAGCGAUCGUCGAUCUCGAAGAGCAUCGUCGGAGCGGCGGGUGCUGCGGGAUUUCUUCUAUGCCACUCGUAGAUUCGAUCUCGUAUUGUGAGACCAGGGAUAGUGCGGGGGCAGAAGCUUCCGUUCGGAAGGACGAUCUUGCCUUCGGUGUUACGCUUGCACUUGCCGUCCCGGAUGUCGAUCUCCGCGAACUCGCAGGUGCCUACCCUGCAGCCACGAUUGCCGCAGUAGUGGCACGUCUGUUCAACUCCGCUGUUCUCGUGGACGUGGACGGCAGCUUGUUGUCUCGGUGCGGGGGCGUGGCUGUGCGUAGCGUGUGUCGUCGGCUGGAUGAGUGUUGCGAUCGUCCUCGACAGGCUUUCGAUGAUCAUCGAGAUGUCUUCGGUUUUGAUCAUCCCGGGGGGCACCAUUGUCGAAGUGUUCGACGUCGAAGCGGUAGCUUGGUUAGCCACUGUCGUAGGUGUGCUCGAUGUACCGUGUAA